AUGGGACUCAGCUGCUUCAAGUCCUGGAAACAUGACCGAGCAGGCCUCAAAGGGAACAGAGAUGUGUUGGCCAGCCCAGGCUCAUACUUCUUCCUGUCCAACAGCGCUGGCCAGGGGGACGAGUGGCUGAAAAGCCUCAACAAGGGAGUCUGGAUCCCCUUCACAGGUGUCUUUGGCCAGCGUCUAGAAGAAACGGUACUGUACGAGCGUCGUUACGGCAUAAGCUCGGUACCCCUUGUAGUGGAGCAGUGCGUGGCCUUCAUUCGCGAGCGGGGUCUCCAGGAGGUGGGCUUGUUUCGACAACCGGGACGAGCAAGCUUAGUGAAGGAGCUGCAGGAGGCGUUCGACGCUGGGGAGAGGCCCUCUUUCGACAGUAACACAGACGUCCACACAGUGGCGUCGCUGUUGAAGCUCUACCUGCGACAGCUGCCAGAGCCUUUGGUUCCUUUCAGUCACUAUGAGGACUUCUUGCUCAGUGGCCAAAUGCUUUUAAGUGACCGCAUGCAGGGAUUGGAGGAAUUGAGCAAUCUUCUCCAGGAGCUACCAGUUGCCAAUUUCAAUCUGCUGAAAUUCAUAUGCCAGUUUCUCAAUGAGGUCCAAAGUCACUCAAAGGGGAACAAGAUGAGCUGCAAUAAUUUGGCCACAGUCUUCGGGCCAAACAUUCUCCGAGCCAAAACAGAGGACCCGCAAAGCAUCAUGGGGGGUGCAGGACUGGUUCAAGCACUGAUGUUGGAAAUGAUCAGGGAGCAUCAGUCCCUGUUCUCCAGAGUCUUAGUACCGGUUCCUGCACAUACAACUGCAGGGUUUUACGCAUCGCCUGCUGCUCUCAGACGACCUCAUCUGCACCAGUGCCCCUGCCCUCGCCAGAUGUCACUGCCGCUUAUUGCGGAGCGAUGCCGAGAGCCGGCACAGAGUACCAGCUCUGUUUCUCCAGCUGCGGCCACGUCCGGCCACAAGACACUCCUUGGCCAUCGCUACACAUCUUCGCAUCCAGAAACCUGCUUCUUUCCACUACUUUCCCCAAGUAAGAACCAUUACGAGGGGAGAACCAGAGAGCAAUGCCAGCAGCUGAUCAGUGGUGGAUCGCCCCCUGCAGAUGUCCAUAGCUCUAAGGAACCUAAAUCUGAGCACAUGAGCUGGAUGGAAGUCUGGAAUAGUCUUGGAGAGCCGCGCGACACCGUUGGCAAAGCACUGGCAGAUGAGCCAUUGUGGAUUCCUGGUGCCACCCAAAUGGCAGUGGCAGAAGGCGACUGCACCAAAGGGACUGACACAAAUGUGCCCAGUAGGAGCAGCAGUGGAACGCAGGAAGACAGCACCCCAUCCGAUUAUGACAAUCUGGACAGCGCGCAUUCCAGUCAGAUCAUGGAGGAUGUCGCCAGUGAACAUUUAGACCCCAAAGAAGAACGAGACUCUGGUGAAGAAUCCGAGGAAGCGUGGCAGACAGUCGACGACUCCUCAUCAUGGUCCUCCUGCGAGGUUUUACCACUGCUUAAGAGUGGGAGUCAGGUUAGUCUUGACGUGACACCAAAGAGAUCCCCGUCAAGCCAAGCAGCAGAAGAUGACAAACGACUUGACGGCGAUGCAGAAAGUGACCAUAACGAAGGACGCCAUCUGAACACUCCAACAUCUGGCUCAAUCCUCAGCCCUCUCAGCACAGGGAGCUCUGAGGUGUUCCUCCCCUCGGGUCCUCCAGAACUUUCGGGUCCUGAGAACCAGUCACAGCCUGAUGACGCGCAGUUGCUCCUGGCCGAGCUUCGGCAGCAGAUGGCCCAGCAGAGGACCGAGUACCAGGCCAGGAUCCACAGACUGGUGCGCUGCAACGAUGCCCUCGAACGGCAGGUGGCGGCACUUCGCGACAGUCUGGAGAGGCAGAGGCGCAGCCAGAGCGCGGCUGAGGUCAGGAUCCGCGAUGUGGAGCGGGCCAGGGCUGCAGCGGACUGCCACAACUCCACACUGCAGGCAGACAUGGAGCUGUUUUUCCAGACAAACAGAAAGAUCCGAACGCAGGAAUGGAAGGACGAUAAUGUUGAUGAUGCUGAUAAGGGAGGAAAGACUGAACGCACCUUAAAGAGCCUAUGA